GUUAUUUCAUUUUAAACAACAUGGCGGCGCCCUGUGGCACAACCGUGCUGUUGUUGGAUUAAAGAAGCGAAGACUGCACAGCUUUUAAAAGAAGAAAAUAAUAUUUGAUGCGUGAAAACUCAGAGGAGACAUGGCCACUCCAGGAAAGCCAAGUAAAAAGGACAUGAAAAGGCCGAUUCAAGCCAAGACCUCCUUCACCUCACCCUUCAUCCCGCAGUGGAGCCCACUUCCUCAAGAAGACAUGCACUUCAUCCUGAAAACUUUAAAGGAGAAACUGAUCUCCACAGGCCUCGAGAAGAAAGAGGUGAAAGUGUUUCGCCCGUGGAGGAAGAAGAAAGACCAAACACCCUCGAAUGCCACAUCAGAACCAGUUCCCGAGGUGAGCCAGGAUAAACAGGUACACAAAUCUUCUCUGAAACACGGCUGGACAGAUGUGGCAGCCAGAAAACAGCUGGCCAUUGGCAUCAAUGAGGUCACCAAAGCUCUGGAGAGGAACGAACUCAAACUGGUACUCGUGUGCAAGUCUGUGAAGCCGAAACACAUGACGAGCCACCUGGUAGCGCUGAGUGCAACAAGAGGAGUGCCGGCCUGCCAGGUGCCCCGGCUGAGCCAGAGCGUGUCGGAGCCACUGGGGCUGAAAAGCGUGCUGGCCCUGGGGUUCAGGCAGUGCGCCUCCAAAGACGACGAGCUCUUCACCGACACUGUGGAUGCCAUUACACCCCGAGUGCCUUCGCUGUGUGUUGCAUGGCUACAAGUUGCAGCCGCCGGUGUGACGCCUGAGCUUCCUGUUGACUUGGAGGAGGAAGAUGAAGAGAUGAGGGGCAAGAAAAGGAAACUGGAGAGUGAAUCUGAGGUCACAGAAUCCGCCUCCUCCUGCACUUUGCAACCUCUCAAAGUGAAAAAAAUUGUUGCUAACCCUGCAAAGAAAAGAAAAACAAAGCCAGUCAAAUGAAAGACUCUACCUACAUAUUUUAAGGACCAUUCCUGUGGGUUUUUUUGCCUGUUUUAGCUCAGUGGUUCCCAACCCAUUCUGCCUUUGUGACCCCUUAAAAUUAGUGAUUGUUUUCCUCCUCAGAUUGUUUGAUUUUUAGGGAUUUUUAGAGGCUUGAAGAGGUGGAAAUGUUGUAUAUUUCAUAAGAAAAAAGAGGCAGCUAGAGCUGUAAUGAUUAGUCUAUUGACAGAAAAUGAAUCAGCAACUAUUUUUUAUUAUAACUAUAAUUCUCCUCUAGCUUCUUAAAUGUGAGCAUU